UUACAAUGGAGGAGCUCCGCAUGUUAUACCCAGAAGCCUUGUCGAACAUGUCUGUUUCAAAAAUGAAAGCAACUACUAUAGAUAAGAAAGUGGCACUUUUCUUUGAGGCAUUGAAAUGUAUCAGAGACUCGACGAGCAUGAGUCAGAAGUGGAUGGCAAUAUACGGAUAUGAUAAGAUCGGUAAAAUGGACAGCACUGCCAAGGAGCAACUUGUUGAUGCAGUCUUUGCAACACUCGAUUGUGUGAUUAAGGCAGUCGUGGAAAUGUUUAAUAUACCGCAAGGGAAAGCCUUGAACAAAGAUUUGCACCAAGAAAAAAAGGUGCCCGGCCCCCCUAUGCCACCUCCCCCUGGUGCUAAAAUCCUAACUCAAAGAAAAAGCAAUGGUAAAUUAAAGAAAUCCGUCCAGAUGCUGAACCUGUUUCGAAAGCUAAAAGACAAGAUGGAAGGAGCUAACCUGCCUGUUCAAUCGUCUAUUACUAGAAACGUGCAGCUAGGGGGCUCUAGUGGUGGAAAGGAAGGAUUGGCUGCUUCACUAGCAGAAUUGACAAAGAGAUCGCCUUACUUUCAACAACUUGAAGAAGACGCUCAGAAGUAUGAAAAACCAAUCCUAGAUCUAAAAAUAGCCAUUGAUUCCUUUCAAACAAACAACAUGAGAAAGCUGCUCGAUUUUCGAAACUACUUUGAAUCCGUCCUUGAAGUCCUAACUGAUGAAUCACAGGUGCUAGCAAAAUUUGAAGGUUUUCCCACAAAGAAACUGGAAACAUUAAGGACAGCAGCUUCACUGUAUUCAAAAUUAGACAGUAUAGCCACCACCUUGAGAACUUGGGAAAUGAUAACACCGCUGUCAAAGCACAUAGACAAGGUUGACUGCUACUUCAGUAAGGUCAAACUGCAACUAGAUACAGUUGAAAGAAAUAAGGAUGAGGAAACAAAAAAGUUUAAGAGCUGUGGUAUUGAUUUUGACUUCCUUAUUAUUACAAGGGUAAAAGAAGCAAUGGUGGAUGUUUCCUCUGGUUGCAUAGAGCUCGCACUAAAGCUUUUCUUUCAGGAGAGGAAACAAGAAAACAGAGCAAAAGGGGCCGGAGAAUUUUAUAAAGUCAAUCAACAAAUCAGAGGAAGUGCUAAAAUGCUCUGGAGAGUGUUUCAGUUGGCAUUCAGGGUCUAUAGCUUUGCUGGUGGACAUGAUGACUGUGCUGACAAGUUAUCCAAAGAAUUGGCUGAUGAAAUAUUAAGAAACCAGUAACUAUAAAUCAUAAGAAAAAACAAUACAGAAUAUCAAGAAACUUACUGUUUAAGUAUAUUAGAAAUGUGAAUAUAUUAGCAUCAAUCAGUCUACUAAAUAGAAGUUACAUUAUAGCCUAAUUGAUUAUGUUUGUUGAGUUCGAUUAUUUCCUAGAAUAAGAUUUACAUUCUAGAACAGCUAUUAUAUACUUGUAUAAAAUACCGAUGUAUUUGUUGAACAUAAUACAGAACAAACUAGUCUCAA